AUGCAUCGAACGGCCAUUCUUUCGAGCCUUUGUGCUUUUUUCUCGACUGUCGUUCUCGGCACUCCUGCUACGUAUGUCUCGCCUCGCCAGACGUGUGAGUUUGACUCGGCCAACAACCCUAGCUGCUGGGGAGAAUACUCCCUGUCCACCAAUUGGUAUGAUGAAGCACCGGACACUGGUGUUGUAAGGGAGUUUUGGUGGGAGAUCACUGAGACUACUCUGGCUCCUGAUGGCUUCGCCCGCCCAGUUCAGACUAUCAACGGAACGAUUCCCGGACCCCAAAUCACUGCUGAUUGGGGCGAUACUAUCGUUGUCCAUGUGAAAAACUCCGUCUCCAACAACGGAUCAAGCAUCCACUGGCAUGGUAUCAGGCAGAUGGGUUCAAACCUUUUUGACGGUGUUUCCGGUAUUACCCAAUGUCCCACUGCUCCUGGUGACUCUUUUACAUACACUUGGAAGGCCACGCAGUACGGUUCAACCUGGUAUCACUCGCAUUUUAGUUUGCAAGCUUGGAAUGGUGUUUUUGGCGGUGUCGUCAUUAAUGGUCCAGCAUCUGCCCCUUACGAUGUGGACAAGGGUACUUUGCUGCUCUCUGACUGGUACCACAAGACUGCCGAUGCUCUCUACCAGCAAGCUCAAACCGCUGGUCCGCCGCCUGCUCAGAACGGUCUGAUCAAUGGAACUAACACCUGGACUGAUGGGGGUGGUUCCAAGUUCCAGACUUCGGUCACUGCCGGCUCUCGUACUCUUCUUCGCCUGGUCAACACUGCCCUGGAUACGCACUUCAGAUUCAGUAUCGACAACCACACCCUGACCGUUAUUGCUGCUGAUCUUGUCCCCGUCACACCAUACACUGCUGAGACUGUGAGCGUUGGCAUUGGUCAACGAUACGAUGUUAUUGUUGAAGCCAACCAAGCUCCCGGUAACUACUGGCUGAGAUCUAUUCCCCAAACCUCAUGUUCGAGCACCAAUGAGAAUACUCUGGAUAUUACCGGAAUCUUCAACUAUGACAGUGUUGAUGUUGACACGCCCACCACCACUGGCUGGACUUAUGUUGAUAGCUGCAACGAUGAGACUGCCAACCUUGUUCCUUUUGUUGCACUAGACGCGGCAACAGGUGGCCUGGAGAAGGAUUUCGAAAUUGGUAUUGCAGUCAACGGUGUAUUCCGCUGGACAAUCAAUGAACAACAGUUUUACACGCAUUGGGAAUACCCAACUCUACUACAGGUUACCGAUAGCAACAGCACCUGGGCCGCUGAGCAGCAAAUCAACACCUUCGACGAGACCAAUGAAUGGGUCUACUUUGUGAUUGAAUCCCAAGUCGGCAUCACGCACCCAAUCCACCUUCACGGCCACGACUUCUAUGUCCUUGGCCAGGCGGCAGCAGCCACUUAUACGGGCAGCGAUCAGCUGAACUUCAUCAACCCACCUCGCAGAGACGUUGCUAUGCUACCGGCUGCUGGGUAUCUUGUGAUGGGUUUCCAGACUGAUAACCCCGGUGUCUGGCUACUUCACUGUCACAUUGGUUGGCACACUGUUGAAGGCCUGGCACUCCAGCUCGUUGAGCGCGAGUCCGAGAUUGCACCACUCAUCGACACCAGUAUUUUGCAAGAAGGGUGCUCCAACUGGGUUGACUAUGCUACUGAGAGCGAGAAGAUCCAGGACGACACUGGUAUCUAAGAAAUGCGACGCAUUGCUGUAAGGCUUACAGUUGCUUCGCGACUCAUCACAACACACGGAGUGGUGAACGCUUUUCUUUCGUCAGACUCUCAACGAUUUGAUGCUCUUCUGUUCUUUUCUUCUUCUUUUUUUUCUUUUUUCUUUUUUCGUCGCCCUCUUGAUCUGUGCGACUGGUGGCUGUUGUUAUGUGGGCGAUCAAUUUGUGACAUGAUUGUCAUGAUCAUCAUGCUUCUUGUGGAUAUUUUUGGGGUUUAAUUUUAUUACUGUUCAUAGGUCUCUAAUCAUGUACAUACUUUCGCAUAAUACAAUGUCAUUGUCUUUCGCC